UGAAGCGCGCAAAGGCCAAACCGUCGUUUGGAGGCUGCUUGUGGUGUUGUUGUUGCUGUUCUGUUGUGAGACGGCGGGAGAGCGCGAACAAGCAGGCCAGAGCACGAGCAGACAGACAACCCCAGACAAGCACACAGCGCGGUUGUGGCGGUUGCUGCUGCUGUUGUCGUCGUUGCUGUUGAUUGGAAUUGGCAGCGAUCCCGUUGGUAGCUGUGUGUCUGGCGGGUGAUCCCCCGCUGUCUGCAUUGAGACAGUGUUGCGCAGCCGCCUUUCUUUGGGAAAGGAAAGAUGGGCGCCUUCCGCAGCAAGCCGGCUGUGGAAAAGGACAUUGAGGCCGGCGUUGAUCAGCAUGGACGAUCCUUCAUCUGCGGAUCCAUGCAAGGCUGGCGCAUCGAUCAAGAGGACGCGCAUUUGAUUGUCACCAAGGAGAAGCAGUAUGCCAUGUAUGGCGUGUUUGACGGCCAUGGUGGGCCGGAGGUAUCUGCGUUGGUUGCGCGGCGGCUGUUGGAGUUUCUGAAGAGUCACCCGGAGUGGGAUCGCAACAAGGAGGAGGCCGUGCGAGGGGCGUUCCGCAACAUGGACAAAUUCAUCAAUUCGCGCAAAGGCAGACGCGAGAUGCGCACCUUGCUCCAGCUCACGCCGGAUGCGGUUGCGCCCAUGGAGGAGGGCGAGCUUGAUCUUCUUCAACGCGACGCCUCCAGACCAAUCGAGGAGUUGGUGGAAGAAGAGUUGAUGCGCCACCGCGAAGAGCCAUCUGGUGACAGCCUUGCAGCCACGCAGUCCACGCAGUCAACACAGGCGUUGUCGUCAGCGGAGGGCAGCGAUGAUGAUGAGACGCAGGCCAGCGACCCAGAAGAGAAAAUCAGCAACAACGGCAAAGGCGGAGAGAAGGAGACCGAAAGCAACAAGAAUGACGAUGUUACUGCUGGUGGUGGUGGGGGCGGUGGUGGUGAGCAACCCGCAAAGCGAGCAAAGCGCAUGGGAACAGCGAACACCAAGGAAAAGGAGCAGGGUGAUGGCGACAGCAUGAAGACGGGCGAUGAUGACGAUGGUGAUGAUGAUGAUGACAGUGAUGAUGACAAUGAUGAUGACAAUGAUGAUGAGUAUGUUCCUGCCAGUGCCCGCAACAAAACUCACGGAGACAAUGACGAUGAUGACAGCAGCAGCAGCGAUGAAGGCGAACAAACGCGGGACAGUGCGACAAGCAGCCAAGAGGAGACGGAGGGCAAGACACCCAUCAUGAACGACGACGACGACGAUGAUGAUGACGCGGAUGCUAGCGGUGUGAAGGACGCUGCAGAAGCGGCUGCAGAUGAGCUGUUUGCAUCAACAGAGAGCGGGUUUUCCUCUGGCACAACAGCCAACCUCGUCAUCAUGGACAAGGCACACCUGCUCGUCGCAAACAUCGGCGACUGCAGAGCUGUGGUCUGCAGCGGCGGCCGCGCUGUUGAGCUGAGCGUGGAUCACAAACCAACCGACGAACCAGAACUUUCUCGCAUCACGCGGGCCGGGUCACGCGUCACCCCCAACGGCCGAAUCGACGGCGGCCUCAACCUCUCCCGCGCCCUCGGCGACUGGCGAUACAAGCGGUCCCGCGCUGUUUCCCACGAGGACCAGGCCGUCUCAUACGUCCCCGACUUCCAAACACGCGAUAUCAAGGAUGACGACGAGUUUCUGAUUGUUGCGUGCGACGGCAUCUGGAACACGAUGGAGUCGCAGGAAGCCGUGGAUUUCGUUCGCGAGCGCCUUUGCAACGGCACGCCCCUCCGCCAACUCAUCACAGAGGUGGGCGCUAUUGUCUCUGUCUCGCGUUUCUGCCAAAAGCAAAGCAAAAAGCAAACAGUUGCAAGACGGUCGUGA